UCCACAAAGCGCAACUUCAGGACGCGCUCAAUGACAAAAACCCAUGGAGUCCAUGUGACAAGUCCACGCAUGGUGCUCUUGUAACUUUAAAACAAAAACAAAUAAAGCCUAGAUUCUUCCUGCCCAUGCAUGAAGCCGUGAAAUUUUCCACACGGACAGAAUGUGGAAACCCACGGGGGGAGUCAUCGUCAGCUCAGCGGGAGUCCGCGCUGCUGCCGGGGUCACCAUCCUGAUGUUGACCGGGGUCCUGCUGCUGCUGACCGGCAGACACCCGAAGGAGCCACCGGUCGCCGGGACGGUCUUCUCCGCUUAUAUCAGGACACUAGCCCGGGAGAGGAGAGCGAUAAGCGGCCCCCCGCGGAGCAGAAUACCCCCUGGACCGGUGGAGCAUCUUUCACAGACUGACUUGUUCAUAGCGCUGAAAACCACUGGGAGGUACCACCGACUGAGGCUGGAGCUGCUGCUGGACACCUGGAUCUCCAGAAACCUACCACAGACAUACGUGUUCACUGAUGGAGAGGAUGAAAGGCUGAGGAAAAGGAUGGGAAGUCAUCUGAUCAACACCAACUGCUCGGCUGCCCACACCCGUCAGGCCCUCUCUUGUAAAAUGGCUCUGGAGUACGACACAUUUCUAAACUCUGGAAAAAAGUGGUUCUGUCAUGUUGAUGAUGAUAACUACCUGAAUGUCGGCUCCCUCCUGAAGCUCUUGUCUCAGUACAGCCACACGCAGGACGUUUACAUUGGCCGGCCCAGCCUGGAAAGGCCAAUUGAUGCCAUAGAGACUCUAAGUAUAACUGAAAUGAAACGGGUCCGUUUCUGGUUCGCCACAGGAGGAGCGGGGUUCUGUCUGAGCCGUGGCCUUGCUCUGAAGAUGAAACCCUGGGUCAGCGAAGGCAGGUUCAUGGCCACGGCUGAGCACAUUCGCCUGCCUGAUGACUGCACUGUUGGUUACAUAGUGGAGGCGCUGCUUGGGGGGAGCCUCACCCGCUCAGCGUUGUUUCACUCCCACCUCGAGAACUUGGGAUUGGUGUCAGACAUUCACAACCAGGUUACUCUGAGCUAUGGCACUGUAGAAAACAGCAGGAACACUGUUAAUGUGAAAGGACCGUUUUCCAUGAAGGAAGAUCCCACCAGAUUCAGAUCUGUCCAUUGUCAGUUGUACCCGGACACUUCUUGGUGCCCCAGCCUGUGGUGACCUUAACACCCACCUAGAGACAAAAGGAGCGAUGAACUGAUGGUCCCGGAGCAGACUGCUGUACACUAACCUGCUCUGACAGUCAGGGACAGGAAAUGUUUUCCUCACAUUCUGUAACAGUCGUUUUUAUAGGGCGACUGGUCUGAACCCUGCACUCUGCCUCUUUAAAGUGUCAAAAGGCCAAAAAUCAAGCCAGCGUUGAUUAACUCCUUGUUUCAGAGUAAAGAAUAACAAAGGAACCCUUACUUUUUUAUCCUGCUACAAAAAAUAAAUUUGGCAAUUUGGCCUCAGGUAGGUGAUGUCAUGGGUGCUGUCAAAUUCGGAAUAAAUAUGCAGAAAUUUCCAUUAUUUUGGCUCUGCAUGCAGACAGAAACUGAGUUUUCAGGUUUCAGAGCUAGGAACAUAACCCUGAAAACACUAACUUUCUUGUUUUUAAUGUGCAGAACCAGUUUGUCACUUUUAAAAAAAGAUAUCAACCCUGAGUGCAUCUGUAUGCUGAUGAUUCACGCCUUUAUUUCUGUUUUUGGUGUGCAGUUAAACCCAAACUUAUUCAUACCUUUGGCAGUUUUCGUUUUAAAGAAAUCUUUUAAUUUUAACAAGUUUCUUCGGACUGGAAGUAACGUACGUUUUGGAGUGGCCUAGAAUCUGUGGAGCAAGCCACUGUAAAGAUUAGGGUGAUGGCAACGUGGCCUUCCAACCUCAAAGACUUGAAGCUCAUCAUCAAAGAUAAAUCAUCAAAAUACCAGCAGAAACAUGCAAAAAGCUGGUGAACAAUUAUAAGCAGUUUGCAGCUUGGUUGUUGUAAUGCCAAUAAAGAUUUUUCCAUUACUUGAGAAAUUUCAGAUAUUUAAAUACUUAAUAUAACAAUUUUCAACAUACCAUUUUGUUAUUAAAAUAUAUUUUUUAUAAACUAUUCCUACCAGGGGUGUGAAUAGUUUAUGGCCUAACUAUACAUCUGUGGCAGUGUUACAGUACCACAUACAGGCCUACGUUAGGCCAUAGAUACUACAGUAUUUUGGGGUUUUUAAUGUGUUCUUUUCUAAAAAGAUCCUGUGUUCACAAGGAACAUUUUAAAACCUAUAAUCAGACUAUUAUUUAAAUAUCUCAACUUUUAUGUCGACAAAGCCUUAUCUUUGCAGUAGCUAUUUUAUAUUCUUUAUUUGACAAGUUGCUUCUCUUUUAACCUCUUGAUUACACAUCAAGUUAAAUCAUGCAUUUUGAUACAAUCUUGCUUACUUUUCAGCAUCCUCCAAGUCCUUUAUUGUAAAAUAGAGGAGGUGUGCUUUUAAGAAGUGGGCUUCUCCAGCCUCCUCUCCAUGUGCAAAAGUGUUAAACAAUUAGAUUUCUAUACAAAGGACUGUGAAUGAAAUGAAGAAAUCUAGUCUCACUCGCCUGCUACAAACGUUUUAACCCUGUUCUGAACAGUAUUAACCUCUAAUGUAUAUAACGUAACUGAGCACUUUCAUGUUUUCUUGCUGAUAUUCGCUCUUUACCAGCGGAUAGAAGCACAUGAACAGCAUAGUGUAACAUUUGGGGACAUUUGCAGGGUAUUUAAAAACAAAUAAAACACAUAUUUUUCUCUGCUGUCCUCAACUGAAGCACCACCUAAAGAGCUCCAACUCAGAUAUCCCUGAAUGUCAUGCUUUGCAACAAUUUUGUGUGAACUAAAUUUCUAUUUAGAAUACAUCCAGUGAAGUCUUGGUGGACCUCCCCUGCUUUAAUCUAGGUAAAUUGAUGAACUGUGAUCAGAACAAAGUUUAGACUGCUCCUUAAAUGUUGUAGCAGUCCAACUUGAAGGUAACUCAUGUUGAGUUGUAUCUUAUCGUUCUGUGCGUACUGUCCCACUGUGCUCUCUCCAGUAUCUGGAUUGUAUGCAGACAUUAAGGUAAUAAAAAUUGUUAAGAAUCAA